AUUGUGUUUAUAAUUUGUUUGGUUGUUUUGUUGUUUGUCUUUUGCACAAAAGUCGGCGAGCAUUGCCACUUUCAUUUCACUGCACAUCUCGUAUGUGUAUGUGACAAAUAAACUUGACUUGACUUGACUUGACUUGACUUUAAGAGCCCUAUCUAGCUCUCUCUUGAAAGUAUCCAGAGAACCGGCCUCCACCGCCCUCUGAGGCAGAGAAUUCCACAGACUCGCAACUCUCUCUGUGAGAAAAAGUGUUUCCUCGUCUCCGUUCCAAAUGGCCGACCCCUUAUUCUUAAACUGUGUGUGUGUGUGUGUGUGUGUGUGUGUGUGUGGCCCCUGGUUCUGGACUCCCCCAACACCGGGAACAUGUUUCCUGCCUCUAGCGUGUCCAACCCUUAAUAAUCUUCGCGUCGUGAGGGUGGGUUGGGGGAAUCACGAGGCCGAGCAAGGGAGAGGCAGGAACGAGAUGGCCUGAUCUGUGAACACUGACAUUAACCUCUUCCUCGCCAGGCCGCCGCAGUCCCAUUCCCCUCCCGGGCGCCGGGCAGUGCAGCCCCGCCGUCGGAGCUCAGGAGUCGGGCAGCGGUCACAUCAGUGACUGGGGAGAGCUCGCCCCCCGCCCCGUCCGCUCCGGGACUCCCAUGAGGACGUUGCUACUACUGCUGACGCUGGCUCAUGGCUCCGCUGGACCCGUCUACUACACGGCCCAGGGCGGGCGCUAUGCCGAGGACCCCCGGCACCGCAUCCGCGGAGACCAAGCCGUGUUGGGGUACAUACGCUACCUGGAAAACUCGGGGCCCAGUGUGGUGACUUCACGGCGAGGGGCGAACGCCACGCUGCCCUGCCGCAUGCGUUUCGUGCCCAGCGGGUACCGGGUGAAGUGGGUGAAGAUGAACGGGUCGCCCCGGGAGAACAUCGUGUUGGUCGGCAACAGCCACCAGCAGAGAGGGUACGGGACGUUCGCCCGCCGCGCGUCGCUGCGCCGACUCGACAGGUACGACGUGUCCCUCUCGCUGCUCGACGUGAGGCUGGAAGACGAGGGCAAGUUCAAGUGCGAGCUCAUCAACGGGGUGGACGACGAGGCGGCCGAGCUGGAGCUGCAGCUGGACGGUGUGGUGUUCCCGUACCAGCCCAGGCAGGGCCGCUACCAGUUCAACUACCACCAGGCCGUGCGGGCGUGCCAGGGCCAGGACGCGCGGAUCGCGCGACUUUCCAGCAGCUGUUCCAAGGUGAGGGCCGGAGACGGGGGACUGGAGUGGUGCAACGCCGGCUGGCUGGAGGACGGCAGCGUUCAAUACCCGGUGACGCUGCCACGGGAUCCGUGCGGUGGCCGGCACCUCCCUCCCGGUAUCAGGAACUACGGGACUCGCAACAAACAGCGAGACCGUUUCGACACCUACUGCUUCACGUCCAGCAUCAAAGGCUACGUUUACUUCCGCAAGAACGCGCAGAUGUUCGACUACCAGCGGGCAGUGAGAGCCUGUCGCAGCGAGGGGGCGACCAUCGCCAAGGUGGGACAGAUGUACGCCGCUUGGAGCUUCUCCCGCCUGCACCGCUGCGAGCCGGGCUGGCUGGCCGACGGGAGCGUUCGCUUCCCCAUCUCCUCCCCGCACCCCCAGUGCGGCGGCACCGAGCCCGGGGUCCGGAGCCACGGCUUCCCGAGUCUGGCGCGUCGGCAGUACGGCGUCUACUGCUACAAGUCGCGGUAAAGGCAGGCUCAGGCGACAGCAAAGGAAGCUGGUAUUCCUCCGGAGACUUCACUGGAUUCAAACCCAGAGAGGCCGUUCGCCCCGUCUAGUCUGGGGGUGGGUGGCACUUGGCAGACCCGAUGAAGGCCACGUCUAUACUGAUCCUGUUCACCCUUCCCCGGCCCCCCC